AAAAAACAUUAUUGAAAUGUCAAAAAGUAAAAGAAAUCAACUUACAGUUUCAGGUUAUAAAAUUAUCUUCUAAUUUAAUGUAUUAUCGCAAUUAUUUGAUAUAAAAUCCUCAACUUUUCUUGACUUACAAAAUGUCUACACGUUGGUAUCCUAUUUAUCAAAGGGGCAAUCCACAGCUGAGAGUUUUUCUCCCUAAUUUCUGGAUGAAAAUUGUGCACCCACAGAAAAAACAAUUACCAAACAUUGUUCAAUUCCAUUGCUCCAUGGAAAUGACAAAAUUUGACAUAAAAAAUUACUUGGAAAAAAUAUAUCACAUCCCUGUAGUUGAUGUAAGAACUAAAAUAGCUAUAGGGAAAUUCCGACGAGAUGUCGGUAAAGGAUACGUAAUCAAAGACGAUGAUUUUAAAACAGCUUAUGUUACGUUGCCAAAAGAUAUGAAAUUUGAAUAUCCAGAUAUAUUUGCGAAUAAAAAGGAUGAUGCGGAAGAGGAACAAAAAGCAUUGGGUGAUGCAAAGAAAAAUUUCCAAAACUAUAUAGAUCGCAAUAAACACAGGACAGAUGUUCCCAGCUGGUUCACUAUAUGAACAAAUAAUUGUAUUUAAGUUAGUGUUCUGUUAAUGUAGAUGUAAUUAGCAUGUAAUAAAUAUUUUCUUGAUUGUUUUACCAAAA